GCCAGUAUACAUAGAGGUAGAAAAAGACGGAAAAGGAAACGCUUGAAAGAAGAAUACUUACGAAAAUGGCUGAAAUCGUCGAGCUCCAUAAACUCAAGUUAGCCGAGUUGAAGCAUGAAUGUGCACUAAGGGGGCUGGAGGUGAAGGGAAACAAAGGUGACCUGAUUGCACGGUUGCAGGCAUAUCUGGAUGAACAUGAGGAGGAGGUGAAUGAAGAGGAGGUGUUGGAGGAGGAUACGGAGGAGGCAUUUCCAAAAGAGGAAGCAGUAGUGCCUGAACCAUCCUUAGUUGAACCGGAAAUCACUGCACCCAAGAAACAAGUUGUUAAAAUCAGCCUUGCUACAUCAGCUGAUGAGAGAUUGCAGAAAAGAGCUGAACGCUUCAAUCUGCCCCCAACUACAGACAGCAAGAAGGCAGCGCGAGCUGCAAGGUUUGGAUUGCCAGUAACUGCAUCGACAGCCUCAAAAGGCCCCACUUCGAAAACAAGUGUUGAUGUUGAAGUCUUAAAGAAGAGAGCAGCACGCUUUGGCAUAAACGUCUCUUCUGUUUCUAAGAAGGUUGAAGAGGAAGAAAAACUUAAGAAGAGGAAGGAGAGGUUUGGGAUUGUGACAAGUGCAGCCUCUGUUGGAGCUGAUGAUGCAGAGGUGAAGAAGCGGAAGCGAGCUGAACGGUUUGGAAUUGUAUGAAGCUGAGCCAUUUCUAACUUUUUGUAAUUUUUUUAAAAACUUUCAUUAAAAUGAUGUAAUUGUUGCUUGGUGUUUUAUGUUUGUACAAUAAACAUCUCCCAAGUUUCUUUCAAA